CAGAGCUGCACCUACUUUUCAAAUGUGAACAUGUUCAGAGCUUUGAUUCAUUCAUACUUGACUUUUUGACAGCUGAAAAAAAGAAAAACCGUUGCAUUUUUAAAAUGUGCAAAUAUCUAAAAAUCCCACCUUGCACUGAUUUUCACCAUCUAUAUAUGAUCUAUUUACAGCAGAGAUUUUGUAAAAUCGGAAAGAACCAAAACAUCUGGGCAGGCUGCUGGGAAUAAAGUGUUCUUUCCCAAUGUUGCAUAACAUCUCACAAUUGUUGCAAUUGUCUUUUGUAAUUGCAAGGUGCAGAGGGUAAAAUUUAAAGUGCAAAGUCUCUUCUGUCUUUUCAUUGACUAAAGAAAGUUACUGAUUGGUUGUGUGCAGACAGGCGUUAGCACAGAUGAUGCACAGGUGCAGAGUGGUGCAGACUGUUCUCAUCUUUUUUGUUACAUGUGAACAAAAUCAUUUAAACUCGACACAUUCUGGUGUGCUGAGAAUGUAAUUUGUUUCCAAUUGUUUUCAUAAAAUUCUGUCACAGUAAAUGCUAAGUCUUCCUUUUCAGUUUCUUGUUUUUUCUCAGCCUAGAAAGGAAACCGUCACACAUAUAUCUGAUAUUUUAAUGGCAGGCUGAACAGCAUAAAUCAAAUUUGUCUAUCAAUCAGAACCAGGCUGUUGUCAUGUGGGCUCCUUAGCCAGAUGUUUGAUGUCUUUCAAAGUGACCUCAGUCUGACUGGUGUACCACAUUUCAUCAAACCUGUGUGUCACUGCAUUUGACAGACUCAUCAUUUUGACCCAAAGAAGGCAGGAAGUGGCCAGACUAAUUGCAAACAAAGGCUCAAACAAGCAUGGAGAUGUGUUGACUGCCUGCGCUGUUUGAUCUCUUUCCUUUCACUCACUUUAACACUCCACUGCCACAACAGUAUUUACAAAUAUUAAAGCAGACGCACUAAUGAGUUAGUCAUAAUUUUGUUGGCUCUGAUUGCACAACAACUUCAGGGUGGACACACACAUGCUGCAAUGUGUAGCAUCCUUAUUUAUUUCCACCAAUGCAGCGAGCUUACGAAAAUAAAUAUUGCGUGUUCAUAUUCUGUGCAUGCGAGUCCCAGUAACGAGAUGUCUGACUGGUGAGGCACUGACUACUCUGGACAGAAGACUUUUAAUUAUGAUGCUUUUUGUACAAUUAUGUGCAAUAAUUAAAUGUUUUCUUUGGCUAAACUUUCUUUCUUUUUACUAAAAUUGAAAGUUGUGUAUGAUCUUACCUUUAUUUGUAUAUCAAGUUCCCUUUACCUACAGAUUCAUGCAGCACAUUAUGUCUGACCAGACUAAAUAUGUCACACCUUGUGGAACAUCAGCAUGUAUAAUGCAUGUGUAAUCAAACAUAUAUUGCGAUAUAAAGAGAUACAGUAAAAGGUAGGUGCCAACCGUUUAAUUCACUCUGUGACACGUCACCAGAGGUAAGACACAGCAUACUGCCUCAUGUACUACUCAUAAUACAUAAGUUCAUUAUUACAUUAUAUAAGUUCAGCCAUUUUGACCAUGAAAAUGUUGAAAUCACACAGGAAAGAAAUUUGCACAACAAUGAAGUGGACAAAUUGAUUUUCUCUUAUUGUUAAGAGAACAAUGUCUAUACUGGAGUCUGAUGAAUAUGUCAGUGGCCAUCUUCGAGAUCCUGGUGUGAUGAUGCUUCUUCAGGUACAAAAGCUCUGCAGGGAGGACUUCAGUUGGAUUUAUUUCAAAUUGCAGCCUAAGUCAGAACAAACAAAUCAUGAGGAAAUCUUAGUUAAAUUGUAGAAAAUGAUCCAGACACAGUCGAUUUUAAAGGAUUACAAGCCAAAAUACCAUAUUUGGUAUUCCCCAUCACCUUAGAGAGGUUGUUCCACAUUCACACUUUCCAUGUGUGGUCCUCUUCAACUCCAGGUGUCAACCAUCUAUUUAUUGUGCAAGAAUCUGUAGCUUUCCUUAGUUGAUCAGUCCCAGGGCAAAAUGUUUUGCUAUAUUCUUCAAGGACACCAAGAGUUAUCUGUAUGAUGGGACACAGCCCCAUAAACAAGUUGUUGCAAAGCCUGGGAAGAUUCGGAACGGUCUCCGGGGACGGGCUCAUGAAACUGAAAGCAUUUUUCCAACCAAUUUGGUUAAUCACAGUUAAUGAUUCAACAACAAAGUUUGAGGCUUUUCACAUUAACAAAAAGUUAUUGUGUGAUUUAAUAUGUAUGAUCAAUAUUCAAGUGUAACAAAAAAAGCAAAAGCAAAAGAAAUCUGCAAGGAGGAAAACCCUUUUUCACAGCUCUGCAACUUCCAGCAGUUAUUCAUGGAGUUGUCAAAUAUUCACCCGGGCGCCGCUCUUUUGAGAAGUUUAUAUUUCACGCAAAGAUCCAUGAGUUUGAGCAACUCAGUUAAUUUACUUCAGAUGAAUGACACCCACGAAAGCAACAGCAGCACCACUUGCUCCUCUGCACAUGCAACUUUUGUGCAUGACGGCCGUCUUGUGUUUGUGUGUCUGACCUGUGCAGGUGAUGAGCCACGAAGCGGCGGCGCAGUCAGCCAGUUUGGUCUUUGUUUGUGUUCACAGAGAACAUUACGACUUCCUGGAGACACUAGCACCUCAACUCAACGGGAAGGUGCUCGUGGACGUUAGCAACAACCUCGAGAAGAAUAUGUACCCAGAGGCCAACGCUGAGUAUCUGCAGAGGUUAAUCCCCGGGGCCCAUGUGGUGAAAGCAUUUAACACCUUGUCAGCCUGGGCUCUUCAGAACGGACCUUCAGAUGCCAACAGACAGGUGUACCUGUGUGGAAACAAUCCUGAGGCUAAGCAGGCAGUGGCAGUGAUUUCCACCAAACUGGGCUUCACUGUUCAGGAUAGAGGGUCUCUGUCUGCAGCCAGAGAGCUGGAGGACUUCCCCCUGCAGCUGUUCCCCGAGUGGAGGCUGCCCAUGCGUCUCACCGUUGGCCUCACUGCCUUCUUCUUCUUCUAUCUUCUCACCAGAGAUGUCAUCUAUGCGUAUGUUAACGAGGGCAAAGACAUCUCCUUCAGAAUCAUGAUGUCCCUGGCUAACAAGGUGUUUCCGAGCGUAUCUCUCAUCUUGCUGUCUCUCUGUUAUCUGCCUGGGGUCAUAGCUGGCUUCUUUCAGCUCUACAGAGGAACAAAAUACAAGCGUUUUCCUGACUGGUUGGAUCGCUGGAUGUUGUGCAGGAAACAACUAGGUCUGAUAGCGCUGGCCCUUGCUUCCCUGCAUGUGCUCUACACUCUGAUCAUACCUAUAAGGUAUUAUGUAAGAUUCAGACUUGCAGGAAGUACCAUCUCACAAAUCAAGAAUAACAAGACAUCUCCAUUUGACACAACCAUGGCCUGGAGAACUGACUCGUACUACUCCAUAGGGGCUCUGGGAUUUGGCCUGUAUCUCCUUUUGGGAAUUUCCUCUCUCCCUUCUGUCAGCAACGCUCUCAGCUGGAGAGAGUUCAGCUUCAUUCAGUCCAAGUUGGGAUACCUGACAUUGUUCUUCUGCACCUUUCACACCUACCUGUAUGGUUGGGACAGAUUUCUGUACGUCUCCCAGUACAAAUGGUACACUCCUCCAGGCUACAUGCUCUGCCUGGUGGUGCCCUCCCUGGUGCUGGUGUUCAAGCUGCUGCUUCUUCUACCUUGUGUGGAUAAAAGCCUCAGCCGCAUUCGGCAGGGCUGGGAGAGGACGGGUCCUGAGAAAGACAGCAAGAAGUCACUGUUAGCGUAGGACUGUCACAAACUGUCACAGACUCAGGCAGAAACAUAUUGUCUUCCGAGAGCACUCUAAUUCAACCACUUCAGUUUUAAUGCAGAACAAAAUAGUGCACAACAGUAAAAGAGCCUGUGCUAAGUGUUACCAUAUUUACAUUCACGGUUUGAACACCUUCACUUUGAGUUUUGUAAGUAUUUUUUUAAAUCAAUUAUUAAGGAAUAUUUUUAUAUAACCAAUGCUAUGGAAGCAAACAAUAAAAAAUAA